AUGGUAUCGGUAAUCGCUGAUGAGCAGAAUGCGCUGUGGAAGAGGAGUGUGUCUAUAAAUUCCUAUGUUGACCAUUUGACAAAUCUUGACGACUCUUCGGUACUAGUGUCAAAGAGGGCGGCUCUUCUGUUGGAUCAGUUAAUGGUCGCGUUACAAGAUGCACUAAGCAAUCAGCCCAGAAGAGAACUUCAAAAAGGCAAUAAAAUGUCCAUAAGAUUAUCGACACCUUAUUUGCCAGCCGAAAAUUUAUCAGUUCUUCCAUUGGCGGAAGCGCAAACGAUGGAUCUUCGACGGCAGAAACAGGGCCACCGCCUUUAUUGGCGUUGUUUCUUGAACAUCGUAACAUGCUACAAGAAAAAGUAAUUACGAGUCAGCGUGAUCAAUCUACAUUGUGAAAUUAAAAUCCAACGCGAUCACGAGAUGUUUUCUUCUAUCAGAAAAAAAAAAAAAAAACAAAUAAAUCAUAAAUUCAUCACAAAAGAUCCCUAAGUCCAAAGAUGUUCCUGUUCAUUGACUAAGAUGAAUAAAUGUACAUGAAUGUAACGA